AUGGACGCGCUGUCCGAGAAGGUCGUGCCACAACGGCCAUUUGGAACAGCAGCUGAGAGAGCACGGCGCAAUGCCAAACUCUCCAAUCCGUUGGCCGGGUUUAGCCAUACCGAACUACGGAGGCAGGGGCGUACGUUUGCUGAACUUCACGAGAUGGGCGACGAGUCCGAUAUCCGUGCUUUCGAGCUGGGUGCUGUGCUGGCACAGUCUCCAGAACGAUAUACCAAUGUUGCUGGUCUAACAAACCAGGAGAAGGGAGUAUUACGCCGGGAGUUCACGCAUCGCUGGUCACAGCCAUGGAAGAUGUAUGCCGUCAUUACAUUGUGUUCUUUAUCUGCUGCAGUUCAGGGCAUGGACCAAACGGUUGUCAAUGGAGCCCAGAUAUUUUACAAAUACCAAUUCGGCAUCGGCGACGAAUCCUCUCGGAAUGCCUGGCUCCUCGGUCUAAUAAAUUCAGCGCCAUACCUCUGCUGCGCCUUCAUCAGCUGCUGGCUAACAGUCCCAUUCAAUUACUGGCUUGGGCGCCGCGGUACAAUUUUCAUAACAUGCUGCUUCUCUGCGAUAGCCUGUCUCUGGCAGGGAUUUGUCUCUACCUGGUGGGCGAUGUUUGUUGCACGAUUCAUGUUAGGCUUCGGUAUCGGCCCCAAAUCAGCAACAGUGCCAAUAUACGCGGCUGAAACGGCGCCGCCGUCCAUCCGUGGUGCAUUGGUCAUGCAGUGGCAUGUCUGGACUGCGUUCAGGAUUAUGGUCGGCUAUGCAUCCGACCUCAUCUUCUACAAUGUCGACUCGACUAUCAUCGUCGGCCUGAAUUGGCGCUGUAUGAUGGCCUCGGCAAUGUUCCCGGCUCUGGUCGUUUGCUGCUUUGUCUUUGCUUGCCCCGAGUCUCCACAUUGGUAUAUGCGACAGAAACAAUAUUAUCAUGCUUACAGGUCUAUCUGUACGCUGCGACAUCACAAAAUUCAGGCGGCUCGGGACUUGUACUACAUGCAUACCCUGCUGGAGGCUGAGGAUAAGAUGAACCUUGGAAAUAACAAGAUGCUGGAACUGAUCAAAGUCCCGCGAAAUCGGCGAGCGACGUUGGCGUCUCAGAUUGUCAUGUUCAUGCAGCAGUUCUGUGGCGUGAACGUUAUUUCAUAUUAUUCUUCCGAGAUAUUUCUCGAGGUUAGUCCAAUUUAUCUAUCCUACUUCCUCUCCAGAAUAUUAAACGAAAGCUCAGGCCAAAUUCUCCCCACCGGCUGCAUUAGCCGCCUCGUUGGGUUGGGGCCUAAUCAAUUGGCUCUUAUCGAUACCGGCAGUUUACACAAUCGACACAUUAAGGUUGGCCGACGCAAUCUCCUAUUACUCACCUUUCCUCUCAUGUCUAUGGCACUUUUAUUCACAGGCUUCAGCUUCUGGAUCCCAGAGAGCAGCCACAAUGCACGCCUCGCAUGUAUCGCUGUGGGGACAUAUAUUUUUGGCAUAUUCUACUCACCGGGCGAGGGACCCGUGCCAUUCACCUACACAGCCGAGGUGUACCCGUUAUACGUCCGGUCCUACGGAAUGGCGCUAGGCACGGCAACAAUGUGGUUCUGUAAUUUCCUUCUAGGCGUGACGUGGCCGUCCCUGCGCGCUGCAUUCACAAUACAGGGCGCAUUUGCUUGGCAUGCAGCCUGGUGUUUGGUUGGAUGGUGGCUGAUACUCUUGUUCAUGCCUGAGACGAAGGGGAAAACGCUUGAAGAGUUGGAUCAGGUCUUUUCUGUGCCAACGAGGUUCCAUGCGCGGUAUGGGAUAAGGCAAAUUGGAUAUUUCUUUAAACGAUAUUUCUUGAGGAGGGGUGUUAGACCAGAAGUUCUUUAUGAGAGGGAGGAAUUGGCCAAGGCUCAUGAUGUGGGAUUUAAUGCUUGA